GAUAAUAAGGGUGGGUGUAAUUUAGGUCGGUCUGUUUGACUCCUCGUAGGCUCACUGACAUACCCAGGAAACGAUGAAGAGUAUCAUGGAUACCUUCACAGACCUGGACACAUCCCAGAAAGUACUGUAUGUUUUCGGAGGUGCUGUUGUAGCCAUUGUAUCGGUCGUCGGCCUGAGGAAGCUAUGUUUCAGAGAGAAAAGGGCAAAGAAGGACUAUCCUCGAGAUACGGUGAUCCUUCAUCAGGCCGGUAGAGCACACUAUGCCCCAAGCAUGACGCCAUUUGCGGUAAAGUUGGAGACCUACCUCCGGAUUGCCAAAAUACCCUUCCAGAACGUCCAUGGAAGACAACGUUCAUCAAAGGGCAAAUUUCCUUGGAUUGAGUAUAAUGGACUGGAGGUAGCGGACUCAUCACUGUGCAUCAAAUUCCUCAACAAGAAGCUUGGGGUGGACCUCAACAGGAACCUCAGUCCUGCUGACAGAGGAGUAGUUCAGGCAAUGCAGACCAUGGUGGAGGAUCAUCUAUACUGGUUCCUUAUCCUCUUCCGAUGGCAAUAUGACAACGACAAAUCUUUCAUGGUGAAUGCUUUUAAAAUAGGCAAGUUUAUGUUUUGGAUGAUUCAACGGCGUUAUAAAAAGCAAACAUGGAGUCAAGGCUUGGGACGACACACAGAAGAGGAGGCAACAGAAAUGUUUAAGAAGGAUCUACAAUCCCUGUCGGACUUCAUAGGGACUAAGAAGUUCCUGAUGGGUGACGAGCCCUGCGAGGCGGACUGUGCGGUGUUCGGUCAGCUGUCAGAGUUCUACUGGCAGUUCAUGGGCACUGGACACAAGGACAUCAUCAGGGACAAAUACCCCAACCUGGCCGCCUACUGUGAACGUAUGAAGGAAACGUUCUGGCCCGACUGGGACCAGUGCAUCACACACGGUGGAACAAGGGAGGCAACCAAGUAGUAACACUUUUCCACAGGGCUGUAAUGGCAGUUUUGGCAUUAUAUAUGUUUCGUAAUUAUGUAAAGCUCUGCCCAAAUUAGGUAUUAUCACUUUUUUAUUACCCCCAAACUGAAUUUGUGCCUGUUCCUUCAACGUCUAUUGUUAUACUGUGGGAAAGGAGUUCAUAUUCUUUUUCGUGCAUCAGUGAGUGAGUGAGUUUGUGAGUUACUUGCUUGCUGGGUUGAUUGAUUGGUUGAUUGCUUACGUACGUGCUUGCUUGUGGAGGGCUAAGAAAUAGAGAUUAACAUUUAUUUCACGAGGGACAUUUUUCCCGUAAUCACUCGUACCUGGUGGGUUAUUCUAUUUAUUACCCAUUCUGUAAUUCGACCGAGAAACCAGUAUUUAUGAACUCAAAGCCGCAUCUCCUUAUACAUGUAAGUGUUUACAAGUAAAUCAACUUAUCUGUAUUAAUGCGCGAAUGAAACCAAACUGCUCAAGCUUAAUGGAAUCGCAUUCCAACCACAAUAUAGUACUUUAGAAAACGUUAUGAAAAACAACACAAUUCAACAGUUUCCAAAUUCGUGUGAUGGUGAGUUUAUAAACCAAACCACCUUGUAAAGCUUAAGUUUAUUUUCAACGAGUACAAUCACAUAUAUAAUGUUUAGUCGUAGAUCGCAAAUGUGUCGAUCAAGCCUGCUUGUGUCAGAAAGUAGGUGACUGUUGUUGGAUACAAAACAGCGAAAACCUGUCAAUUUUUGUUAACGUUAACUUAUAAAACAGUGAAAAUCUGCAAGAGAACAAAAAACGCAGGAAUGAUGAACGUUCUUUAAGAGACGAUACACAAUUAUGACCGUUUGUCAACAUUUUGCUGAAACGGACUGUGACCUAGUUUUGGCUCGCGUCAGUGUCCUUGUCAGGAACGAUAACUCCAAACAGUCAAAACGUUUUCAAUGUCAUGGUCAAAAACAGGAACAAACUCUUUCAAAAGUUUUGUUUUCGAUUGGGAGGUAAAAAAUCAUCUUGCAGUAUGUCAUUUGUGACACUCCCCGGUAAGUAGGACGAUAUGCCGACUCACUCAAUAUCGUUUCCCGCAACACUUUCAGUCUGUUCAAUACCUUGCGACUUCCAUUUCACCAUGUUCAGCGUUUAUCACAUACACGCGAAAGGAAUUUAGCGGUUGCAUUAUUCUCACUACAAGUCCAGUAAUGUAUCCGUCCUUGACCUUGACGUUGAUUGCACUGGGUAGCCAUGUUUGUUUGAAAUACGAUUAGGCAUGUUUUUUUAUGAAAAACAUGUUGUGAUGAUAAAGACACCAUAUUGAAAUGAAGCAUUAAAUAAGCACCAAAAUCGGAA